AAGCCGUUGCCUACUUUCUGUCAGUACCGCAGAUGGAGCAGAUCGAGGUGGACGUGCAACUUGCUUUACUCAUAGAAUCUGAGUUAAGAAACAUUUUCGAGGAGACGCCGAUAGAGGGUGCAGGUAGAAACGAUUUCCAACCAGACAUCAUCAUGCAGCACGACAACCGACCAGGCAAUGACAUUAACAAUAAUGAUGUAAACAACAAUUAUUUACCAGCUGUGCAUGCCCACCCCCCUCCAGCAGUAGUCUCGCCAGAGGAGAUGUCCGACGUCUUCAUGACCGAGCCUCAAGAAACCGAGACUCAAGAAGAUGUCAUCAUGCAUCAGACACCUGAGUUGGAUGAAGACGUGCUGAUGAUGACUGUUGCCGCGGUCCGCAAUCGUCUUCUCUACGAGCAGCUACCAGAUGCAGUAUUGUGUUGUGAGGACUUUUCGUUGGACGCCCAGCUGUCCAACCUGCGGCUGAGUUGAAGUCAUGUUGGGAAGCGCUCACGGAACCAGUGGACAAAGGCGGUUGUGAAAAUUUCUCGUAUGAACGCUGUCAUACACCAGAACUCGUUUUGAACUGAAAAUAAAGGCGAUUCCACAGUUUCAUUCCACCCGCGGACAUUUAGAGAGUAAUGUGUGAGAAAUGUGCUUGAGGGACUCAUGAAGAUGUUCCUGUAUGAUUGUGGUGGCGGACAUGUUGCGGGAACAGAGGAACGGUCGAUAUUCUUUGUUUUGUUGUGAAAAUUCUUGAAGGAACCUUGUAUUUUGUGUAGUCUAGAUCCAUGUGAGGUAAAAUGGGUUGUUUAUUUCACCCUAUAGAUUGAUAUCUUAGUUAAGAGGGUUACUGAAAAGGGUUCCUUAUUUUCGUAUCUUAGCUAUUCUAUAAAGUUAUGUUUAUAAAUCAUAUACUGUUCUUUUAUUGUUGGCAUUAAGUUCUUCGUUUACUUGUUCUUUUCAUACGUAGUAGUUAAUAGAUUGAAAUAAGCUUUAUUUUUGAUAAUUAGCAUUAAAAACAUAGGUUUACACUUGAAAGCACGAUACGCUGUUAAGAGGUCUUUUCACAAAAGUUAAAUCACAUUCCUUUCAUGAAUAGACGUUUCUUAUCAUGUCCAUUACUGAACAAAAAAGGAUACAAUUGAGGUUCGCUCUUACUCAUGUGCCAACCCUCAAUGCCGUAACGCACCUCUUCGUUAGGAAGAAAGGGGUUCUCUUUUAAAAAUAUGCAAUUGCUACAAAGAAGUCAAGUUAGGUUUUGUAUUGCACUGGUCAUAUAUAUAUUUUUUAAUAUGGGGUAAAAUGUCGUUAAGUUUUUUUCUUCAAAUAAAAUUGUUAUCAUACUCUCAUGUUGUAUUAUCGUGGUAUUUGUAGAAUUUAACCACAGUUAUUGCAAUUAACACAAUUAAACAGAAGUAAAAGAAAAAAUCAAAAUAAAACUUA